AUGGCACCAAAUUUUGCUGGGACAAUGAUGGGCAUCACCAAUACCUUCGCCAAUAUUAUAUCUAUCAUAUCGCCACUUGUUGCUGGCCUCAUACUACAAGAUGAGACGGAUCCCUCUCAAUGGCGUCUAGUGUUCUAUGUAUCAUCAGCUGUAUACUUCGCUACAAAUCUGUUUUUCAUAAUAUUCGGCAGUUGUGAGAGGCAGGCAUGGAACGAGCUCAAAGAAUCUGAAGAAAGUGAGUAA